CACCCCCUUCGAGAUUCAUUCAAUCCUUAUCCUACCCUUGCCGCCUAUCUCUAUCCACCCACCCACCCAGUAAGAAGCAAGCCCUAAUUCCAAUUCCCCAAAUACUCAAAAAUCAUUGAAUUUUUAACCAAUUCUUCCAUGGCUGAAUCAUCAUCUCACGUACUCAUCUUCCCCUUCCCCGUCCAAGGCCAUGUCAAGUGCAUGCUCCAGCUGGCUGAGCUCCUCUGCCUCUCUGGCAUCCCCUUCCUCACCUUCCUCAACUCUGACCACAACCACCGCCGCCUCCUCCUCGACUCCCACUUCCUCGCCUCCUUCCCCGGAUUCCGCUUCGCCUCCCUCCCCGACGGCCUCCCCCCCGACCAUCCCCGCUCUGGCAUCCGCAUUUUCGAACUCUUCGACUCCAUCUCCGCCGUCACGAAGCCUCUCUUUCGCGACAUGCUGCUCUGCGGCCGGCUCAAUUGCGACGGCAGGCCUCCGGUGAAUUGCAUCAUAGCCGAUGGCAUAUUCAUGUCGUUCGCCAUUGACGUUGCGGAAGAGGUCGGAAUCCCCCUGGUUUCUUUUCGGACGUUCAGCGCCAGCUGCUUUUGGACCUUUCUUUGCAUCCCAAGGCUCAUUCAAGCCGGCGACCUUCCCAUCCGAGGGGAUGACGACGACAUGGGCAGAGCUGUAUCAUCGGUGCCGGGCAUGGAGAGCUUCCUCCGCUUCUGCGAUCUUCCCAGCUUCUGCCGCGCCGCCGAUCCCUCCGACCGGGCGCUGCAGAUCGUCGCCACCGAGACUCAUCUCACCACUCGAGCCCACGCCCUCAUCCUUAACACCUUCGACGAACUCGAAGGUUCCGCCCUCUCCCACAUCCGCCGCCACAUCCCCAACCUCUACGCCGUCGGCCCGCUCGGGGCCUUCCUCCACGCCAAACUCCCGGAGUCUUCGCGGCGCUCCUCCACCAGCCUCUGGCAAGAGGACCGAACCUGCAUGGCUUGGCUCGACGCCCGGCCGCCCAAGUCCGUCGUUUACGUGAGCUUCGGGAGCAUUACGGUUUUGACGAGGGACCAGCUCCUCGAGUUCUGGUACGGCCUGGUGAACAGCGGGAAGCCGUUCUUGUGGGUCGACCGGCCGAACUCCGUCGCCGGGGAGCAGCAGGUCCCAAAGGAGCUCGCGGCGGCGACGAGGGAGCGCGGGUACGUGGUGGGGUGGGCGCCGCAGGAGGAGGUGUUGGCCCACCCGGCUAUUGGCGGGUUUUUGACGCACAGCGGGUGGAACUCGACGCUGGAGAGCUUGGUCGCCGGCGUGCCAAUGAUCUGCUGGCCGUACUUCGGCGACCAGCAGAUGAACAGUCGGUUUGUGGGGGAGGUGUGGAAGGUGGGGGUGGACAUGAAGGACUGUUGCGAUCGGGUGAUUGUUGAGAAGAUGAUAAGAGAUGUGAUGGAGGUGAGGAGAGAGGAGGUUGAGAAGUCGGCCAUGCAGAUGGCGGAGACGGCGAGGAAGGCCGUCGCGGGCGGAGGGUCUUCGCGCGCCAGUUUGGAUCGGUUGGUUGAGGAUAUCAAGUUGAUGACUGGACGUCGUAAUGCAACUCAGUGAGUUCGAUGGCCACUGAGUCAUGCUAUAUAUAGCUAUAUAUAUAUAUAUUAAAAUCAUCUUCAAUAUAAAAAGUAUAUGUAUGUAUUUUGUGAUUAAUUAUAUCUAUAAUAUGUGCUUCUUACAGCUUUCA